AUGGGCGUGACGGUGGGAGAGGCGCUGCUGUUGCCGAACCUGACGUUUGUGGACCCCGUCGCACUGUACGUGGCCCCGCACUUGGAGCGGCGCAACGUGAUUUACCUCACCGCGACGCUUGCGCAGGAGCUAUACAGGCUUGCCAUGUACCUCUCCGCCUCCUCCGUCGGUGAGGCCCACGCAAUCAUUUCGGGCCCGCACAAAGCUGCCGUCGCCGACGUGCUGCGCCGCACACUCGUGACAUUCGACAUCAAGCUGAGGUCGUUGAAGCUUUUUGAGUGGCAGCAGACUGUCAUGCAGGACCUCCCCCGUACAGGGUGGGUUUUUGUGCUUGGCAUCUUCAGCACCGACCUCCCCCUCAUUUUGGGCCACGUUGCCGCGCACCCGGACCUGCACGUUCUGAUGUCGUAUGCCGACCACAACCUUCUGUACCCGUACUUUGUCGGCAGGAAGGCGGACGGUGCCACGGACCGCGUUCUUUACGCGACCAACAUGCCGCACUGGGCGGACACGAAGUCGCAGGUGAAGAUUGUGCGCAGCUACCACGCUGCCGUGACGAACAGUUCCCGGUGGUCGCCGCUGGGGCUGAGGGGUUUUGUGGCUGUUCGUGCGAUGCUGGCCCUUUCGGAGGUGAUGGACAUCAUCACGUCCGACCUGUUCCUGCAGACACUCUACAUGUACAGGAUGAUUUCUGUGGAAGGCAUGAUCUUUGGCCCCUUCGCGUCUCUGCACCCCCCAAUGUGUGGUGCCUCUUCUGAUUGUCUGGUGAACUACGGUGCGUCAGAUAUUGCCAUUUGGUCGAUGUCGCGGUCGCUUGAUCCCUCAGUUCCUCACGUCGCACCCCCAGAGACGCCACCAAUGCGGUACGUAGAGCCCGCUGCGCGUGGACUGUCGAUGGUGCAGCUGAUCGGCAUCGUCAUUGCCGUGGUGCUUCUGGUCACCAUCAUUGCGGUGGGGGUGGUUGUGGUGCUGCUGUGCUGCUGUCGCGACUCACGUGACAACGCGACUGCGCCGAAGGAGCCGACGGACCCCGUGACGCUCGUGUUCACUGACAUCGAGAGCAGCACAGCGCUGUGGGCCGCGUGCCCUGAGGCGAUGUCCGACGCGGUGGCGACGCACCACCAGCUGAUCCGCGAGCUGAUCGCGAAGUACCGUUGCUACGAGGUGAAGACGAUCGGUGACUCGUUCAUGAUAGCGUGCAAGAGUGCGUUUGCCGCCGUGCAGCUUGUGCGCGAGCUGCAGCGGGUGUUUCUGCAGCACGCGUGGGGGACAAGUGUGCUUGACGACGCGUACCGCAAGUUUGAGGAGAGCCGGGCGGAGGAGGGGGCGGAGGCAGAGGGGUACGUGCCGCCGACAGCGCGCCUGGACGCCGCCGUGUACCGGCAGCACUGGAACGGUCUGCGGGUGCGUGUGGGGGUGCACACUGGGCUGUGCGACAUCCGCCGCGACGAGGUUACGGAGAGGUACGACUACUACGGUGGCGCGGUGAACAUGGCGGCACGCACGGAGAGCGUGGGGAACGGCGGGCAGGUGCUGCUGACGCGUGCAGCGUACAUGGCGCUGAGCACGGCAGAGCGGGAGGAGGUGGAGGCGACGGCGCUGGGGGCGGUUGCAUGGGGGGCGGAGUUUCGGUUCUGUUUUUUUGACGGUUGCUGCGUUGGUGGCAGUCACUGGGUGCCAAUCCAUUGCGUCCUUUACGGGUUGUGCGCCUUGGGCCCCGCCGGUAUGUUUCCGGCUGUGGUGCGUAUCUCUUCAGAGUUGCUGGAGGGGGACUUUGUGUGCCCACAUCCACCGCACGUGUGA